UCUAUGCCUCUCUCCAGCACAAACCUCUCCUCCUCAUGCUAUUUAUUCUCCCAAACAUAAGCUAGCUAGCUUGCUAGCUUCUGAAAGAUCAAGAACACAUACGCACACUCUUCCUCUCUGACAAGAGCUUGCUUGUUCUGCAACAAACCAGCAGUAUAGAUCGAUCCUCUAUCUAACAAGGUGCAGGUGGAGGUGAUCAUAUGGACUCCAUGGAAUCAUGCGUGCCCCCGGGCUUCAGGUUCCACCCCACCGACGAGGAGCUCGUCGGCUACUACCUCAGGAAGAAGGUGGCCUCUCAGAAGAUCGACCUCGACGUCAUACGCGACAUCGAUCUCUACCGCAUCGAGCCAUGGGAUCUUCAAGAACAUUGCGGGAUCGGGUACGAGGAGCAGAACGAGUGGUACUUCUUCAGCUACAAGGACCGCAAGUACCCGACAGGGACACGGACCAACAGGGCCACCAUGGCCGGGUUCUGGAAGGCGACGGGCAGGGACAAGGCGGUGCACGACAAAAGCCGCCUCAUCGGCAUGAGGAAGACGCUCGUCUUCUACAAGGGAAGGGCGCCCAACGGGCAGAAGACCGACUGGAUCAUGCACGAGUACCGGCUGGAGACUGACGAGAACGCGCCACCACAGGAAGAAGGCUGGGUGGUGUGCCGGGCGUUCAAGAAGAGAACAGCGUACCCAGCAAGGAGCAUGGCGAUGGCAUGGGACCCCAGCUACGCCUAUCGCGAGGUCAGCGCCAUGGGCGCGGCGGUGGCAGCGGAGGCGGCGGCGUUCGUGGACCCCAAUGCGGCGUACGCUCAGAUCAGGCGCCAGUCCAACAAGAGCGCGCGCUUCAAGCAGGAGGCCGAGCUGGACGGCGCUGCUGCCGCGUUGCUGCAGUACUCCUCCAGCCACCUAGUCGAGCUGCCGCAGCUCGAGAGCCCGUCGGCGCCGCUCGCGCCGGCCAACCAGAGCCAGGCGUCAGCCGCUGAUGAGGUGGUGGUGGACGGCGCCGACAGCGGUAGGCGGCCGGGCAAGAAGGCGCGGGCUGAUAAGAUGGCCACGGACUGGAGGGCGCUCGACAAGUUCGUCGCGUCACAGCUCAGCCCCGCCGCGGAGUGCGGCGGCAGCUUGGAGGCGGCCGCAGCAGCAGCGUCGACGGCCGCCGCCGGCAACGUGGGCUCACAGCUGGACCACGUUGAGGAUGAUGACGACAUGGCGGCAUUGCUGUUCCUCAACAGCGACGGGAGGGAGGAAGCGGAGAGGUGGACGGGGCUGCUCGGCCCCGCCGGCGGGGACGGCGACUUUGGACUGUGUGUGUUCGAGAAAUGAGUGGCAGACGCAGGGCGCGCGCGCGCCGCGCGGCGCGUGCACGGUCUGGCGCGGAUGCAUGCAUGCAUACAUGGGAUGGGAUGGUGCAUGUGAUAUAUUAUAUGGAAUAUGCCUGGUUAUAGCUGAAAGUUGGUUUCUCUCCUUUUUUUUUUACCCCUUCUCUACUUCCCUUUGUAUGUUUGCCAACAAAUGUGAUUGUAAUUUUCAUCUGUCUCUGUGCAGAGUCAUAAGAUGCAUGCCAUUCCGGCA